AUGCAGAACGAGCUCUAUCGCGAUGGCGAGCUGAUUCUGAUGCCCGCCCCAACACAAGAUCCCCGCGACCCUCUCAAUUUGACUACCAGGCGCAAGAUCGUUGGCUUGACCUGCCUCUGCCUGUUCGGUGCGCUGGCCGCUGCCGCAGAGUUGAUCCUCGGUGCCUUGUUGCCCGUCUUCGCCCUAGACUAUGCAGGGCUCGACCCCAAGAUCCUCAAGCCAUUGUCCGAAGCUGGUGGUCUACCGGUGGGUAGUGACCCUUUGAAGUUCUUGGCUGAACUUCCUAAUGCACCUCCAAUCUGGAAGGUGUACCUGCUCGCCUCGUUGCCUGUCCUCGUCAUCGGUCUCGCCAAUCUGAUUCUGAUUCCCAUGGCCAUUGCAAUCGGUCGCCGACCCGUCGUUCUCGUCACUGGCGUUAUCGCUGUCGCCGGUGCAAUUUGGGCCGGAUUCAGCACUUCUCUCGAGAUGCACAUCGCUGCGCGUUGCGUCCAGGCAGUCGGUGCCGGCACCGUCGAGAGUCUGAUCCCAUUCAUCAUUCAGGAUAUGGUACACGUGCACCAGCGCAAUACCUGGAUCUCCGGUGUGUUCGCUCUGCAAGGUAUUCUGAUUAUUGCCUUGGGUGCGGCUGCACCUUUCUGGGUCUACUACAUCAGUUGGCGCUCUGUCUACUUCAUCACUGCCGGCUCCGCCGUCCUCUUCCUGAUCGGUACAUUCUUCUUCAUGCCCGAAACCCGCUGGGCCCGCACUCGCAGCGAAAUGAACGGCAUCCCACGAGACGAGAGCAAAUUCACCGUGGCGCCGCGCACAUUCAAAUACGACAUCCAAUUCAUCACUGGCGCGUCGCAAUGGAAUAAGUGCUACACCGCUCUCCUCGACACCCUCUACACAUUCUUCUACCCUCAGAUCUUCUUCAUCACCAUGUUAAACAGCGCCAUGAUUGCCUGCGCCUUUGCUGCUGGCUACACUGCAUCCCCUGCGCUUCUGACAAAGCCAUGGUCGUGGCAUUUCUUCUCGCUCGGUCUCUGCCUGGUCCCCAUCAUCUUCGCCUCCAUCGCCGUUGCUUUCGUUACCGGAAACAUGGCCGACUGGAUCGCCAACAAGGUCGCUCAGAAGCGCGGCAGGCGUGUCCCGGAGAAUCAGCUCCUCAACCUCAUCUUUCCCACGGUCUGCGCGCUGGUCGGCUCCAUCAUUUUCGGCGUUGCUGGUCAGAACCAGACACAAUACCACUGGGCCGUCUUCCUCCUGGGUCUUGGGCUAAUGGCCUUCGGCUUCCUCGGUGCUAACACCAUCGGUGCGGUCUACGUCUUGGAGGUCUACCCUCACCUUGCGGGACCCUCGCUUGUCAACAUUGCCUCAUUCCGUUGCUUGAUCGCCUUCAUCCUCAGUUUCCAGGUUUCUGAGUGGGUUGCCAAUCUUGGCUACCUGAACUCCUUUGUAAUCUACACUGGAAUCAUGAGCGUCUUCGCUCUGCUGAUCCCUGUGGUGUACUACUACGGUCCGGCGUGGCGCGAGAGAUGGCCUGCUGCACGAUUGGGCGACAACCGCGACCUAUAG